UUGCAAAGCUGGGGUUAAGCUUCACGUUCCUCCAUCCCCGGUAAUCCGGACGAUUUCCUACUUUCCUACCCGGCCCCCGCAGACACCGCCUGAGACCAUCCAGCGAAAUUCCCCCGGCCUUCCCCAUCCCAGCUUGCGACCGGCUUGCAAUGCGGUAAACCGCCGUCGCCGCCCCGGAAGCUCCUGAAUCGCCGCUGGCCUGACCACCGUCGUCAUGACUAUCACAUCGGUGCAGACCCUUCUGCCCGGCCGCUUUGGGAUCAACUCGACGGAGAAAACCGCCGCGAAGAAACCUCCCACGCUCUACAAUGCCCAGGACCAUCCUUUCAAGGGCUACCACCCGCCCCAGACGGAAGGCUAUGAGCGGAGCAAAGCCAACCCGGACACAAGCGCUAUCGUGAUCGAUAAUGGCUCGAACCUGCUCAAGGCGGGCUGGUCGUUCGACAAAAACCCCCAGUUAAUCGUGCCCCCUGUGAUGAGCCGGUACCGGGACCGGAAGUUGAACAAGGCCUGCCAGUUUCUCGGAUACGAUGCCUACGUGGAUGCUACGACGCGCGGUCAACUGCGCUACGCUUUCGACCCCGGCACGAGUGUCGUCGGCAACUGGGAUGUCAUGGAGGGAUUGCUAGAUUAUACCUUCAUCAAAUUGGGAGUAGACGGAGCCAACGGAGGCGUCGACCGACCCAUCGUGAUGACGGAACCGAUCGCGAACCUCAACUAUCCCAAGCGAAUGAUGAAUGAGAUCUUGUUCGAAUGUUAUAAUGCGCCCUCCGUCGCGUACGGAAUCGACUCGCUGUUCUCGUACCGGUAUAAUCGCGGAACCGACGGAUUGAUCGUCUCCUCGUCCCAUACCUCCACGCACGUUAUCCCCGUUCUGAAUAACAAGGCACUGCUGUCGAACUGUUCCCGGCUGAACUGGGGCGGCAUGCAGGCCUCGGAGUACCUGCUGAAGCUGAUGAAGUUGAAAUACCCGACAUUCCCUGCGCGCAUGACUGAAGCCCAAAUGGAGGAUCUGGUUCACAAGCACUGUUACGUCUCGAAGGACUACGACCGUGAGCUAGGCGGCUACCUGGACUGGACAGGUCUCGAGGAUAGGGAUCGUGUUGUUCAAUACCCUUUCACGGAGCAUGUGGUGCCAGAAAAGUCCGAGGAAGAACUGGCACGGAUUGCGGAGAGAAAGAAAGAGAGUGGACGCCGGCUGCAAGAACAAGCCGCCAAGAUGCGCCUGGAAAAGCUUAUGAAGAAGGAGCAGGAGCUAGAGUACUAUAAAGAUCUACAGCGCGGUCUUGCAUCGGAGACUAAGAAGGAGAUGAAGCGGGUUCUGGAAGCAGAGGAUCUGAAGGACGAAGCUCACCUUGAACGAUUGAUCCGGGACCUCGAACGUUCCAUCAAGCGGUCUAGAAACCGAGAUCUGGGUGUGGAGGAGAACGAGGAGCCGAGCGAAGAGAUGUCUUUCCCGCUGUUGGACGUCCCGGAUGAGGAGCUGGACGAGGCUGGCGUGAAAGAGAAACGCCACCAGCGACUCAUGAAGUCCAAUGUUGAGGCCCGUCAGCGCGCAAAGGCCGAGAAGGAACGAGAGAAAGCCCGCCAGGAGGAAGAAGAGCGCCUCGAUCGAGAGAGGCGGGAGAAUGAUUUCGACAACUGGCUCGCAGAGAGGCGAGCAAAUCGCCAGAACGUACUGCAAAAAAUUAAGGAACGCGACAGGUUCAAGGCAGACCUUGGUAACCGCAAGUCCCUUGCCAGUCAAAUGCGCAUGAAGACCCUGGCCAACCUCGCCGCCGACGGUCCCAAAAAACGAAGAAGAGGUGGCGACGACGACAACUUCGGUGCCAACGACGAUGAUUGGGGUGUCUACCGAACGGUUGCAACUGGUGAACAGAGUGACGAGGAGGAAGAGGAAGAUCUCGGCGGGAUGCUGAAUACGGUUGAGAAAGAGCUUCUCGAAUACGAUCCGGAUUUCACGGAAAACCACACCCUGGCUGCUCAGUCCGACUGGACUAAGAGCUUAGUGCACGUCUUCCUGCGCGGUCCCUGGCCAUUUGACCCCGAAAGCCAACGCGAGGCCCAUCAGCUGCAUCUCAACGUCGAGCGCAUUCGAGUGCCCGAGAUUGUAUUCAAGCCGUCAAUCGCCGGCAUUGACCAAGCAGGAUUGAUCGAGGUUGCCGCAGAUGUGGUCAACCAGCGGUUUUCCAACCCCGAGGACCAGGCCAAAUUACUGCGCGACGUGUUUUUCACCGGCGGCAACACCAUGUUCCAGAACUUCGACGAACGGUUCCGCAAUGAUUUCCGCGCUUUCCUGCCCGUCGACGCCGAGCUGAACGUGCGUCGGGCCAAGGACCCCGUGCUCGAUGCCUGGAAGGGAGCCGCCCAGUGGGCUUCUAGCGCCGAACUGGGCAAGUCGUCCGUCACUCGACAAGAGUAUCUCGAGAAAGGCAGCGAAUAUAUCAAGGUACGUAAUGGAUCCCACCGAGACCAGCUUGAUCUCCAUUACACGAUCGCAUUGGCCAAUUGCUAAUUUGCCUCUUCCGCAGGAACACGACCUGGGGAAUAUCACCUCGUGGUAGACUAGACACGUGUCACGAAUCGAAACCUCUCGUUUGGAUCUUCGCUGCGUAGUCUGUUUUACACGGCGUCCACAUGUCCCAUGAUCC